ACCCCGCACAAUUCGCUCGCCAUGUCCGCCUCGCUGCCCGGUAGCCGCGAUCUCCCCGCCUCUCAGUAUGAUCUCAGCACCUACUGGGGCCGCGUGAGACAUGCCGCCGACCUCUCAGACCCUAGGACCCUCUUUACGAGCUCCCAUGGCUUGGAGAACGCAAAGGGCCUGGUCGCCGCCUACAAGCAGGGCAAAUUCUCGCAGAUGACGCCUGAUCUGUGGACGGCGAAGAAGGUCAUUGACUCUACGCUGCACCCUGACACCGGCGAACCGGUCUUUCUGCCCUUCCGUAUGUCGUGCUACGUCUUGUCCAACCUAGUCGUCACAGCGGGCAUGUUGGCGCCUGGCCUGGGGACGGUAGGCACCAUAGGCUGGCAGUGGGCUAACCAGUCCCUCAACGUUGCCAUCAACAACGCCAAUGCUAACAAGUCCACUCCUCUUUCCACGAGCCAAAUCGUGCAGUCCUACUUCCUGGCCGUGGGCGCCUCGUGCGGUGUUGCCGUCGGCCUCAACUCCAUUGUUCCCCGCCUGAAGCGCAUUUCGCCCGCCACCCGUACCACUCUGUCGCGUCUGGUACCCUUCGCGGCCGUCGUCUCGGCCGGUGUGCUCAACGUCUUCCUGAUGCGCGGCGAGGAAAUCCGCCGUGGCAUUGACGUCUACCCGGUCCUGAGCGAGGAGGAGAAGGCAAAGCUGGAACAAGCCGGCGAGGACAGCACCCCCAAGAGCCUGGGCAAGAGCAAGACGGCGGCGAAGCUGGCGGUUGGUGAGACGGCGCUGAGCCGUGUGAUAAACGCCACGCCCAUCAUGGUCCUCCCGCCGCUCCUCCUGGUGAGGAUGCAGAGGAUGGAGUGGCUGAAGCAGAGGCCGCGCAUGGUGACGCCGGUGAACCUGGGCCUGAUCCUGACGACGUCGCUGUUUGCGCUGCCGCUGGCCCUGGCCGUCUUCCCGCAGCGCGAGGCCGUUAGCGCCAAGAAGCUCGAGAAGGAGUUUUGGGACAAGGGCGGCAAGACCGGAAUGAUUGAGUUCAACCGCGGCAUUUAAUGACUGGGUUUGGUUUAUUCGCGGCAUUCACACGGCGUUGGGCGGGCGGGAUUUGGGACGGGAAUAGACUUGCAGUCAUGACUGGUUCGACGGUUGAGACAAGUUGGAAGACGCUGACCAGCUCAUACGUUGCAACCAGCUUAGCCUCCAUCAAGCGACAUUCACCGUCUUGCGAGAUAACGACGCUUGUAUAGAGUAGAAGAAGAAAUACAGUUAAGAUAUGUAUAGUAUACGUGCGCUUUAAGACCUCUCCACUCGUAUCC